GGGGAGUCGACGUCGCCGCGGUUUGUGCUGUUGUGUCAGUUUUGUGUUGCCUCUCGAUUCGAUCGUGUGUCGUUUGCUCGUGGUGUAGUUUUCCUCCUGAAUAUAAUUACUGCAAUCAUCAUUCUGCUGAGACUGUUGUCUGUGAAUCUGAUUUUUUUCGCUGCCCACCAUCAUUCCAGAGUGUAGAAGACAUCUGCGGGGCCGUGUGUGUUUAGCGAAUUUUUUAACUACGAGAUUUCCGGAGUGUAAAGUUUGAGCAUUGUUCUAGUGCACGGUAUUCGGUCAAGUCUUGCGUACAAAUUCCGGUUCGGUUGAGUGGGGGAAAUCGAACAAGAAAAGCUUUCGCGAAUCCCGGUCCAGUUUUUGCGUGUUUCUUGAGUGCUGUCGCGUGCAGAUUUUUGGAAAGUUGCGGUAUUUCUUGGCGGAAAUUUCCAUUUGGAAGUAAUAUAAAAUAACGAAAAAUUACAUCCAGUGUGUCGCUGCUGCUUGUCUCCUCCUAUCGUUCGAGAAACCGUGGCUCCACGGUCGUCCCUGCCGACAACGACGGAGCGAACCGGCGGAGCUGAAUCGGUAAGAGCAGAAGUGCGCGCUAGAAUUCAUCCAAAACGCGAAGAAGUAUGGAGGUGAGCAAUCACACUGCUUCGACACUAAGUCGAAGCAAUAGCCGGACGAGCUCCAACUCGGAGCUAGAGAAGGAACUGAUUGAUUUAGAAAUCAGCGGUACACAUAACAAAUCCAGCACACUCAAAAAACGGAUCUCAAGCAGUCGAACGCCAGCUAAAAAGGCUAAGCGGAUACGAUUUUUUCGGAAUGGUGACAGAUUUUAUUCCGGAAGUACCAUACCUGUGUCGGGGGAGAGAUAUAGGUCGUUUGAUAGUUUAACAGAAGACCUAACAAGACUGUUAGAAGAUAGUGUAACUCUCACGGGAGCCAUCCGGACAAUUUACACGCUCGACGGAAGGAAAGUGGAAAAGGUCGAAGACCUUGAAGAUGGUAAAAGCUACGUAUGUUCCUGCAAUAAUGAAGGUUUCAAAAAGAUAGAUUACAACACAAAUAACACAGCAAUUAAAAACACAAAUAGACUGUCUAGACUAAUACGUCCAUUAUCGCCUAUCAAAAAUGGAUCCAAUGGCACAAUGCCUCUUAAAGAGAUCAGCUCAUUUGUCCAUCCUAGGAUUGUUACCCUGAUUCGAAACGGUGUGAAGCCUCGUAAGAUACUCCGGUUGCUGCUGAACAAGCGUAACAGUCCAACGUACGAGCACGUGCUGACAGCAAUCACGCAAUGCGUCAAGCUGGACACCGGUUGUGUGCGGAAGGUGUUCACCGUUUCGGGGACGCCGGUGCUCAAAUUGGUGGAUUUCUUUGGCGAAGAGGACGUAUUCUUUGCUUACGGUAACGAACGGGUCGGGAACGAUGAUUUCGAGCUGGAACCAGACGAACGGAAAAUCAUUCAGGCGAACAAGAAAACGCUACGCAGCAAUACCACCCGAACAGGACCGAAGCCCAAGAUGCCCAUCAAGAGCCACAACGAUACGUUUGUGUGCGUAGAUGAAACCGUGCUGAAUGGAGUAAUUUCGCCGGAUUCGUUACCCCUGGAGCUGCAGAGCAAGUAUACGCUUGGAUCGAUUAUAGGCGAUGGAAACUUUGCUGUUGUGUUAAAACUGAAAGACAAAUCAUCGAACGCCGAUUAUGCGCUCAAAAUAAUCGACAAAUCAAAGUGUUCCGGAAAGGGCCACUAUCUAGCGGCAGAGAUUCGUGUGAUGAAGAAGCUGAACCAUCCGUGUAUCAUCCAGCUGAUACAGGACAUUGAGACGAUGAACAACAUGUAUCUGGUGCUGGAGUUGGUACGAGGCGGAGAUUUGUUUGACGCCAUCACGAGGGUAACCCGGUUCUCUGAAAAUCAAUCCAAAAUCAUGAUAAAGCAUCUGUCUUCGGCGAUGUCGUACAUGCACGCCCUCAGCAUCGUGCAUCGGGACAUAAAACCAGAAAAUUUGUUGGUUGAAUUGGACAGGGAUGGCAAUGUAAUGCUGCUGAAGCUAGGCGAUUUUGGACUAGCCUGUGAAGUUACGGAACCAUUGCUAUCGGUAUGCGGGACGCCUACUUACGUGGCACCGGAGAUCCUCAUGGAAACUGGUUAUGGCGUAAAGAUUGACGUGUGGGCCGCCGGUAUUAUUCUAUACAUUCUACUCUGUGGAUUUCCACCAUUCGUUUCACCCGACAAUCAGCAGGAGCAGCUGUUCGACGCUAUUCUGAAUGGUUUCUUUGACUUUCCUGCGCCCUACUGGAAUAACAUUGGCGACAGUGUACGAGAUCUGAUUAUCAACAUGCUGCAGUCCGAUCCAGAACUGAGGUUUUCUAGUGAGGACAUUCUCGAUCAUCCCUGGCUGACGAGCGACGUGGUCGGAGACACACGAGAUCCCAACGGGUACCGAAUCAUCUCCAAUCUGGUGUACUAGAAAAUCCACUUUUCUUUCCGCCUAUCUGUCAAUUCCUUAAGUGGACUAAAUUACUGUUUAGAAAAGCUAAUGCACAUAUCCUUAGUUCGUUAGGAUUCUAUUUAUGUGUAAAUUGUUCAUUUUCUACACAAACAUCUAAAUUUUAUGUUAUUUAGUUAAAUACCAAAAUUUCUGUGAUUAUUUAGCUGCAUUAUUUGCACAGAAACAGAAUGCUUUUUCAACUUUUAACUACAUUUCUUUCUCCUAUUGUCACUACUCCCAUUUGGGUAAAUGGGAGCGUCUGCAUGGAAUGUCAAAAAUGAAGAACAACUAAACUGUACAUAGCAUGGUCAAAUAGUCGUUUCUCUUUUUUACCUUAAUCGUAUUUUCUCCAUUUCCAUUAUCUAUUCCAUAUCAGUACCGAGUGAGCGAGCCAUCAUGUGGAGUCAGCAUGUUUUGGAUGAUAUUCUUUAGGGAGAAAAAACGCUAAUCAAGUAUAAAACGCCAAAAAGUGAGUAAAUAUUUUUGAACAGCUUCUUUUGAAUUCGAGAAUGUUCGUGGAAAAUGACACGUGCGGACUCGUAGCACCAAAUCGAAUUGCGUUGGUCUCUACGUCCUGCAAAGCUAUAUCGAAUCCUGUAAAUAGCAGCAUUUUAAGGUAUUUAUGAACCACAACUACUGUUACUAGUAAGAAUCAAGAUAAUCGUAACAAUUGUAAUGUUCGGACAGAACGAAAUAUCAUCACGAGAGAACUGUAUACAUAUUUGUUCGUUGUAAUAUUAUUGCUGUUAGCAAUUGCAGAUUUUUAUUCAUUUGAAUAUAAUUUAAGCAAGCUUAUUUACUAGUUUUAGUUAAUGUUAGCCCAAUUUUUUCCAAUUCUCAUAUAAAGAAAAAGAGCGGAAUCGCAGUCAGUCCAAGUCAAACAUAUAAAAUAGCUUAAGAGUAUUAAAACAAAGGUGAAAGCAAGGAGUUAGACUUAGUACAUUUGUUUUCAUUCGCUGUAUUGUUUUCUAAUUUAUUUUCCUUCCCCGAUUCGUGAGUAGCAUUGAUAAUCGUUUUUUGUUUGUAAGGGUCGUUUCUGACAAGCACGCGUUAACAGUGUUUAGUUUUUGUUUAAGUUUGUUUCGUAAAAUCACAAUCCGAAAAGAAUACAAUCAGUUAAAUGAUCUAUUGAUACAUAUACAUAUUAGUGUAGACGUAACAAAAUUUGAGCAUCAAUACAAAUUUGACGAGUUUUUCUUUGCUUAAAAAUACACAGUAUUCACUGCAGCGGUCCAGCUUUGGUAUGAA